CCUAGUAAAAUACGUAUCAUCAACAUUGCGAGCCAUCCCAAACCAAGUUCACCUACGCCACCAACCCGGCGAGCCGAGGUGAACUCACACCUCGUUCUCACCUAACCACCACAUUCCUUCCCCUCAUCACCCUUUGACAACCACCCUUUAUUUGACAUGAAGCUUCCCCAAGCCGUCCUGCGGCAAUGUUCUCGACACUUGCGCGCUCAGAAUAACUGGCCUCUCCAACCACGUCUCCAAUCUGCCAAGUCCAUCCUCCCCGCAUCUCACCCAAGCUCACCACCAUCAACACCAUGGCGCCCAUCCCGGACAUACGCAACGACGACGACGACGACGACAACAGUCUCAGCCGCCGACCUCGAAUUCGGCCAGCCCGUCUACGAAACGCACCCCCACAUCCUGCAACCGGGUGAACUAACCCCCGGCAUCACGGCCCAAGAAUAUCACGAGCGACGUUCCAAGCUCGCCUUCGCACUUCCCGAAAACGGCAUCGCCAUUCUCGCCUCCUCGGAACUCAAAUACCGCUCCGGCGCCGUCUUCUUCCCCUUCCGACAGGACUCCAACUUUCUGUAUCUCACCGGAUUCUCCGAGCCCGACUCGCUGGCCAUCAUCCAAAAGACGGGUCCCAAACCAGGCGACUACGUCUUCCACCUCUUCUGCCGGCCCAAAGACCCGCGCGCCGAGCAAUGGUCCGGCCCCUGGUCCGGGCUGCAAGCAGCCGAGGAUGUCUUCAACGCCGAUUUUACGGGGGACAUCGCCAAGGUUGAGACCUUGCUGCCACCCAUCCUGCGCGGCGCCGGCAAGGUCUACACAGACAUCACGCCCUCCACCCCCGUCACCGGCCAACUCGUCACCACCCUCCUCUCGCACCUGCACCUCCCCCCGGCUCCCCUAGCCGGGCUCGUCCACUCUCUGCGGGCCAUCAAAUCCCCCGCCGAGAUCUCCAACAUGCGCCACGCCGGCCGCGUCUCCGGGCGCGCCCUCACCUCCGCCAUGCGCCGCUCUUGGUCGUCCGAAAAGGACUUGGAAGCCUACCUCAACUACGCCUUCACCUCGCACGGCCUCUCGGGCCCCGCCUACGUGCCCGUCAUCGCCGGCGGCAGUCGGGGCAACAUGAUCCACUACGUGCACAACAACCGCCUGCUCAACCAAGACGACAUGGUCCUCGUCGACGCCGGCGGCGAGUACGGCACCUACAUCACCGACAUCACGCGCACCUGGCCCGUCAACGGCAAGUUCUCGGCCCCGCAGCGGGACCUGUACGAAGCCGUCCUGACCGUCCAGCGCAAAAUGGUUUCUCUCUGUCGGGAGAACGCCACCUUGUCGCUGGACCAGAUCCACCGCGCCACUGAAGCCGGUCUGCGCGAGCAACUUACUUUACUCGGCUUCGAUCUUUCAUCAGGGGGAGGAGGCAGGAUGGAUGUGCUGUUCCCUCACCAUGUGGGCCAUUAUGUGGGGUUGGAUGUGCAUGAUACACCCGGUUACUCGAGGAGUUUGACGCUGAGGCAGGGGCAUGCGGUGACGAUUGAGCCGGGCGUCUAUGUGCCGCAAGACGAUGACCGGUUUCCCGAGCAUUUCCGGGGACUGGCGGUUCGGAUUGAGGAUAGUGUGGUGGUGGACGUGGAGAGCCCCUUGAUCUUGACGACGGAGGCGGUUAAGGAGGUGGUGGACAUUGAGGCUUUGAGGGAGUGAGUGAGUGAGUUUGCGGUUGUUGGUGGGGGGAUGAUGGGUUGUCGUUUGUGUGUAUAUAUAUAUAGAAGGGCGGGAUGUAUUGUGUAUACUCGUGUAUCAGAACUCUACCUAGGUAUUGUAUGUGAAUACCCACUCCAAGACAAGACCACGGCUGAGGGGUGAUCGAUCCUUUUUCAGACGCGGCUUAUCUGUCUCCUUCAGUCUUCAUUUGCAGACUUUCUU